GUGAUCAUUGCGUGGAGCAGCGUAGCGCGGGAGGACGCUUUGCGCGUUUACGCUGUCUGAAUGUUAUUGUUGUGAAGGAAGAAGCCUGAUAAAUUAAUGAACUUUGAAACAGCUUGAAGGCUGGUGGUUGACAAGUUGCCAGACAUCGGAUGCGCGCCGGAUCCAACUGACAGGAUGGAGUGAGACAAUUUACGCACAGAGGUUGCCUCAAGGAUUGACCUUUGUGGGAAUCAUUCCUGAGACGAACACAUCGGUAAGGAUGUAUCAAUGAAGAAUGUGAGCGCGCCUGACUCUCUCCAGACGGGGUGGAUGCAGCCCUCGGCGGUGUCAUGCGUCUUGCCCCGCAGCCAAGCGCGCAACCCUUGCGGCUCUUAGUUUUGCUCCUCCUCACCGUGGGGGGGAUCACAUCCCCGGUGCUCACCCCGGGCUGCCCGGACAGGUGCGUGUGCGAUGACCAGCUGGUGGUUCAAUGCGCAGGGCAGCACCUGACCACCUUCCCUGUCAACUUGCCUCUGUCCACGCGGCAGCUCAUCAUCUCCAACAACCGUAUCGUGGAGCUUCCGCCGCUCGCGCUCAACUACCUCUCGGAUCUGGUGUACCUGGACUGUAGCAACAACUCCCUCACGGAGAUCUCCGAGUCCACGUUUGGGAAUCUACGGAAGCUAGCCUACCUGGAUCUCUCCUUCAACACCUUGGUGCGGAUCGAGGACAGGACGUUCGGGCCCUUGGCGAGCCUGGUGAUGCUGAGGAUGACCGACAACCCGGCGCUCUCGGAGAUCCACCAGGACGCCUUUGUGGAUAACGCCGCCCUGCAGGUGCUGGAUGUGAGUCGCAACAACCUGACGGUGGUGAACAUCACCUCCCUGAUCGCGCUGCCCGCCCUGCGUUCCGUGGGGCUCAGCGGGAACCCGUGGAGCUGCGAGUGCGAGAACGAGGACCUGUGCCUGUGGGUGCACCUGGAGGACUUCAAGUUCCAAGAUUAUGAAAAAUACUCCUUCUUGCUGGAUUAAGCUGUUGACCCUAUGAACUAUGCAGUAUUUGGUUUAAUCCUUUAAUUGCAAAAUAUCCAACAAACAGCAACACAGAAAUGAUAAAGACCCUUAAACUAUUUUGACACAGGGAGUUUUUAAUACAGGCCCUGAAUCAGCGUACAUAUCACAUCCUUAACCUUGAAAUGUAUAAUGAUUGAAUUGUUUUUUUGUAUUAAACAUUUAUGAAGUGUAUACCCUUGAGGGUGCCUUAUUGAAAGGUGGUACCGAGUAAACAUAGCCAAGGCAAAUGUAUCUCAUUUCGUAAACAGGCGCCUUACAUAAUGACGCUUGAAAAGUACACAUAUCAGAAAUAAAGGUACGUUAAUGUUAUUUUUCCAAAUAAAUCUUUAAAAUACAUAGAUAGGUGGAAUAUAAGAGUUUGAAUUAAAACGUUUUGUUUUUAAGUUCAAUGCAAUUUCAGUGCAAAACAUCAAACAGAGUGACAUUUCAGUCAGGGACAUAAAAGCAAGCAAGGUUUUUUAUAUACUGGCUACAGUCAGUGCAAAUCUUGAUUAUUUUGGCAGUUUGUUCCAACAGUGGACGGUAUAGCUAAAAAACAUUAUAUUAAAAGCAACAAAUGAAGAAAAAUAAUGGUUUUAAAAGAUAUUGCUG